CCGAUCCCGACCCCAAUCCGAAUCCCAUCACUUUCGUGUUUAUAGGUAAGGAUCACGAACCCCUUCGCGAUUUCUAAACUCGAUUUAUUGAUAGUCUAAUCCGAAACUCGUAUUUUUAUUACCGGUGACGUUGAGGGUUCGAUCAACAAGGAGAUCAACGUCCCGGGUCAUCCAACCUAGGCCUAGGCACGUUCUAGAGGUUUCCCCAAGAUAAUCCGGCUAAGGAGGGGUUUCUUCGAAGAAGGAAUUGAGGAGUCAUCUUUUUGAGGUUGAGGAUAGUCUAGCAGAAGGGGAUCACGAGAAGAAGCAGGGCGAGGCGAGCAGCAGUACCAGCGUCGACGGGAUAUCGGAAAGCUCGUGAGGAGUCAAGAGUCCCCCUUUUUCUGCAAGGAAGAAGUUCCCCAAAUUUCCCAUCUCUCUCUCUCUGCACAAUCGGAAAAAGAGCUGACAUUUUUCAGUUAUUCCCACCAAGCUUUGAGAUCUAAUACAUCUUUUGCUCUGCUUCUACUGAUUCUAUUGCUCCUGCUGCUUCCGCUUCCGCUGCCGCCUGCCGCCGCCAAUGGUGUCCGGUGACUUAUGUGUUUUCGAGCCUAACUGUUGAUCCAAGUCAAGGUUUGGUUCCUAAAAACACACUAGUUCAUGGUCAUAUAGAGUGAGGUGUUUUUGUGCAAUGGACCCCGUCAAUGGUGGGAACAAUAUGAACAACCAGAGCCUUGCCUCUAAGCAGCGACUGCGCUGGACUCAUGAACUUCAUGAGCGUUUUGUUGAUGCUGUAGCACAACUUGGUGGGCCAGAUAGGGCUACUCCAAAAGGUGUUCUCAGGGUCAUGGGUGUACAGGGAUUAACUAUAUAUCAUGUCAAAAGUCAUUUACAGAAAUAUCGUCUUGCCAAGUUCCUUCCAGACUCCUCUUCUGAUGGGAAAAAAGGUGACAAGAAAGAAGCCGGCGAGAUGCUUUCCAAUUUAGAUGGCUCAUCUGGAAUGCAAAUCACAGAAGCUCUCAAGCUGCAGAUGGAGGUCCAAAAGCGACUGCAUGAACAACUCGAGGCAAGUUUCUUCCUCGUGCAGCGGCAACUGCAGUUACGUAUCGAGGCACAAGGAAAGUACUUGAAAAAGAUAAUAGAAGAGCAGCAAAAGCUGAGUGGAGUACUUGCAGAGGGACAACCACCUGGCUCUGGGGGGAUUCUCCCACCAGCUGACUUAGAAUCCGACAAGACCGUUCCUACAACCCCUGUCCCAAGUGAGACCCCCCUCCAGGACAAGGCUACAAAUGGCAAGAUCUUUGCGAUCAAUGAACCACUCCGACAACAGCAUCACCACCAGGAGCCAAUGACCCCUGAUUCCCGUGAUGACAUGGGCUCUCCGGAUGAUGAUAGUCCUACAGCUGAAAGGUCGUUGAAGAAGCAGCGUCUAGGCAUGGGGCCAGGACAGUUUGGUAAUGAACCGGAUAUGCCUUUCCCUCACCAGAUACUGGAGUCUAGCUUGAACUCUCUAGCUCAGUCCCAGGCUCACCCUGUGUUUGCUACCAGUCGAGAGGCAUUUGAUCCUUCAAAUGGGCUAUCGAUUGGGAUGGACAGUCAAAUGCAGAAGAUUUCAGGAGGGGAUCUCUAGCCCUUGGAUGGUGGUUUCAGAAUUAUUUGAAUUGGGGUCAUUUUACUAUCAUCAUCAUGUAUCUUUUAUGUAAUUUGGGGAAGAAAAAACAUGGUUAAUCAGGCUAGAUAAUGGAAGAUUAAUGUUAGACAAGACAGACAAACCGGUAGGUUUUAAGGAAAAAGCAGCAGGCUGUUUAUUAUAUUGGUUUUUUCUUAAUCUUUUUCUCUUUUCUUCUAAAAUGCAGUAGAUGCAUGUCUUGUUUAAUUCAGUGAGAAGUAUUUAUGAAGC